GUUGGGUGAUGUUUGUGUGUUCCUGAAUUUUUACGUAAUUAUUACUUACUCCAUAAAAUUUUAAUAUUUAAUAUAUUACGUUUCUAUUUGCCAGUUUUAAAGUGCGAUGAAAUUUAUUUUGUAAGUUGAUAAUAUACAUAUUUUGGUGUGUGGCGAAUAUCGUUUUUGGUUUUGAAGCCAGUGUUUUAUCGUUGGGCAAAAUAUUUAUAACUGUAUGUAAACCUAAACAAAUCUCAGUGGAACAAAUAAUUAUAUUAUCGUGUAUCGGUAUUUCAUGACUUGCUGUAAAUCAAAUAUUGAAGACUAGCGUGAAAGCUUAAGCCAUGAUAUAACUGCAUAAAAACUUUGAAACACAGUUUUAUAAUGGAUUGUGUUUAGCUAAACUACCCCUGUUGAUCAUUUCUGCAACUCAUCAUGGCAUCAAAACAAUCCAAAAUUCAGUGGAACGUCCGGAAGAAGAGGAGCACCAAGCUGAAGGAAAAGCAGUCACUUGCCGAGAAAGAGAACACGCCAACAAAGACAGAACUCGUGGAUAGUAACAUGGGCACAACGUGGGGCGGGAAAUGCCCCGACAAUAUCGGCGGCAGUCCGUCUGGUGCUGCCAAGAAGCAUCACGUUCGGAAGUUGCUCAGCGACUCUGAGGACGAGAACAGCCCCAGCCCGCCGAAGCACGGCAGGAAGCAGCCGGGCUGCGACCGCACCCCCUCGCAGCUCUUGUCGAGGGUGUCCCUGGGCAGCCCCCGCGACCACGCGCCUGGGGCGACGCGGGAACACCGCCUCAGCCCCAAGAAACUCUUUGCCGAGGGGUCGCAGUUCCAGCGGGCUCGCAGGGCCCUGCACGGGAGCGCCCCGGAGUCCCUGCCCGCGCGGCGGGCCCAGCUGGACGAGCUGCGCGGGUUCCUGCUGGCGCGGCUCGAGGCGCGCUCCCCAGGGAUGCUGUACGUGUCCGGGCCGCCGGGCACGGGCAAGACGGCCUGCCUCGCCAGCCUGCUGCGCGACCCUCAGGUCAAGAGUUCAUUUCAAACAGUUUAUAUAAACUGCACAUCCAUGAAGACACCAAAUUUAAUUUACUCUCGAAUAUGUGAAGAACUUGGAGUUAGAAUUACAGGAAAAAAUGAGCGAGACCUGCAGACUGCCAUUGAAAAAUUCCUGUCUUCCAACAAGAAAAUGACCCUGCUGGUGCUGGAUGAGAUUGACCAGCUGGACAGCCGCAAGCAGUCCGUGCUGUACACGGUGUUCGAGUGGCCGACGCUGCCCGGUGCACGGCUGGUGCUGGUGGGCGUGGCCAACGCGCUAGACCUCACCGACCGCGUGCUGCCCCGGCUGCAGGCGAGGGUCGGCGCCAGGCCGCAGCUGCUGCGAUUCGAGCCCUACUCCAAGGCUCAGCUGGUGGAGAUUCUCGUGGACCGACUGAGACAGCACGGCGCUGACAAGCUGUUCCCCGACACUGCGCUCCAGCUGCUUGCGGGGAAGGUGGCGUCCGUGUCGGGGGACGUGCGGCGAGCGCUGGACAUCGCCCGCAGGGUUGUCGACAUCGCCGAAACUCAGAGCCGUGCCAGGGAACUGCCGCUACAGCCAACAACUGAUGGAACCUGGAAUGGUGUGAGGUCACCCCACAAGUCCCCUGAAAAGUGUAUGGUUUCCCUGAACGAAGUGCUGUCUGUACUGAAUGGAGUGUAUGGCACUGCACAAAAACUUGACGAUGGCAAGGACUCCGAGACAUUCCCACUGCAGCAGAAAGUCGUGGUGUGCUCUCUCAUCCUCAUGUUGAAGAAAGGUCGUAACAAGGACAUAGUAGCGGGCAAGCUCCAUGAGGUGUAUCGGCGGGUGUGCGCCAAGAGGAACCUCCUGGCUCUCGACCAGUCGGAGUUCCUGGGGCUGUGCCAGCUGGUAGAAUCCCGCGGCAUCCUCAGGCUGCAGACGCGCAUGCAUCCCAGGCUGGCCAAGGUAAGCCUACAGUGGGAUGAAGAGGAAGUCUGCUCCGCGCUGGGAGAUAAGCAGCUACUGGCAAGCAUUUUGAGCGACACAUCUUGUCUUGUUGCGUGAUUUAUUUAUUAUAUUUAAUUGUAAGUAGUUACUGUUCAGGCACAGUUUAAUACAGUAGAACUUCAUUUUUGCAUACCUGAAAUGUACGAAUUUCCCUGAUGUAUUUUAUUUUUUUACUUGCACCGUCAAUGCAUUAUUUUCCUUUAUGCUAAAGCAUUUCCUGCAAUUUACGUUGCAACAGCACUGCAUUUAAUAUCAAACCAUCAGAAAAUGUUAAGACAUCAAUAAUAUGUUACUGCAUGCAGUCAACGGCAGCUUUGUUUGCCAUUGUAAACAACCUACUUUUGUGCCACGUGCCAUGGUAAACAAUACAGGUAUGAACCAAAACUUUGGGGACGUGAACAGGAAAAUUAAGUUCAGUUUUAUAUCUCUCCCCUUUAAACUUUUAUGUAUUAUGCCAAUGCAUGAAAUGAGUUGUAAACACUGUUUUUACACAAAGAAAACAGUGGAUUAAUCGGCCCAUAUCUGACAUUUAGUUUAGUGUGGCCUAUAUUUUCUUCUAAUAUUUAAAUAAAAUAUUUAACACUUCCCUUUUCAUAUUUUCCCGCUUUUUGCAUAUUUUUGUCCUGGUUCCUUGAAAUAUGUAAAAAGGAGUUCUACUGUAUGCUGUUUGGUUUUUGUAACAAGUGUUACUGCUGUACAUUUCCAAGGUGAGGGAUGGGAGGACUGUCAUUACAUCUGUGAGAACAUCAGUUUUUUUUUAGUUUGAAUUUAAUAUAUAUCUAAUUUAAAUGGCAAAAGUGAUGAAGCUAUUGUUUAUUUUUUUUUGCUAAUUUUAAAUUAUUAAUCUAGCAAAAACUUGUGUAUGGUUUUAUGUAAUGGCAUUAGAUAUUCCACAUAAAUGGUUCUAAAUUAGAGGUGGGCAGGAUCCCGAAACUAGGGAUGAAAGUCGGGAAAGAGACCAUUCCCGAACUUCAAGAAAGUAAUUUUUCUUCUUGGAUAUACUUCAGGAAAACUAAUUUUUUGAAUAGUAAAAAUUUCCUGCAAACUAAUUUUUAUAUUAUUAAAACAUAUGCUUACGUUUUCUUCACAGUGUACGUCAAGUAACAAACCACAACUUUGCACAUGUAUUGACUAGAUAAAGCACAAAGAUAUCACCAAAAAAAAAACAUAUCUCUGAAAUGUAAUUUAACCCUCGUUCAUUAAAUGCUGUUAUAAAUAAAAACUAUGACUAAAUAAAGUAUUCAAUGUGAUCAAACAUAUUUUACUUUUGAUGAAUGUAAACAUCUUUACCAUAUCGUUAGGUUAUGUUUGACAAUGAACUUCACGAGAGCAGCUACGAACAAUAUUGCCAAACACGUUACAUUUGAAUGAUAAAAAACUCAGUUUUUAACAAAGAAACUGAAAGAUGCCUUCUUGGUUUCAAAUAUUUAAGCCAUAAAUUUCUGUUUCUCAGAAACAUCGGAGCAGUUAAAAGUUUUAACAUUUGGUCAUCAUGUAUGAUCAAAAGUAACUUAUGGGAAAUUAGUAGUGAAUACUACUAAUGAUUUAUUGGAUGAUGAGAUGUUUUUGGAGACAUAUUAAUGGUAAAUAUUUUUUCUGCAUACCGUUAAGAGGCAUAAUUUCAUUGCUUUUGCUACCAAACCCGAAUCCUGACUGAAUUACGUCCUGAAGUCAAAAUACCAUUCCCAUCCACCUCUAUUAUAAAUACAAACAAUUAUAAAGCAAGGAGGUUUUCAAUUUCUUUUUGUUUGUUUGUUACCCCAUUUCUGAAAUGCUGUAUUUUGCAGUUCACUGUCGCACAUGUUGAAAUAAAGCAUUGCUAGUUAUAUCUGGCACAUUACUAUAUUGAAACUGGGUAUGUUCACAUUUAUAUUGUAGUACAGGUGCACCGUCCUUUAUCCUAAAUGGUCGGGACCAGCAGCAUUCCGAACUUUGGAAUUUUUCGGAUUUCGGAAUUUUAAUACAGGAGGCCUAGUAAAGCCAAGUUAGGUUAUGUCAGAUGUAUUACGGAUUUCAAGCAACAUAGUACAAAGAAAAAACAAAGUACAUAACAUAAAUAAAUAUUGCAGCAUAAAUAAAUACCUGAAACAAUCGCCAAAAUAAUUUGUUUUUAACAACUGAUACUGUAAAACACCUGGAGAAUGUUUAUGGUGCGUCAUCAUCGCCGCCGAUGUCGCCGUCAACUCUUACGUCUCGUGAUCGGCCGGGAGCAGGAUUUUCCUUCUCCUGAGAUGAAGCAGCACGAAUUAUGGCAUUUUUAAAUGCCUCUUGAAGUGUCACUUGUUUUAGUUUAGGCUUCUGAGCAAGCAAUUUUUCUUUAAUCGCAUACACAGACAUUACUUCUUGCGCACUAGCAAGCAGCAAGCUGUAACUGGCGCUAGUUUUCCAGACAAACGGUAAACACAGCGCCUCAGCGUUGCCAAAUUGCAUGCUGCCUUGCUGACGCACUGCUACCAAGUAACUCGCUCGUACUAAUCACGCGAUGGCGACUUGAGUUUGCCACACAACUGCGAACAAUAUCGCGGACGUUGAUGUUUCGAAAAAAAUUUCUGAUUUUAGAGCUGUUCGGGUUUUGGAAUUUCGGAUAAAGGAUGGUGCACCUGUAUCAUGAUUCUCGUAACCUCAAUUUGUAAUGCUACAUAAGGUGAUAUGCAACAGCUUUACUAAAGUUAAAUAGUUAUUUUUAGUCUGGUUAUUUAUUUUCUAAUUUUAGCUGUGAUUGUUUAUUAAUUGGCAUGAGAAAGCCACUUUAUGAUCAACUGCAAAUUUUUACAUUUUCUAAACCACUAGGAGGACAUAAUUGUGGUAGACAGCACCUGUAGAACAAAAAAUAUGUGGCUUCAUGAAAGAGGCCUUGUUUAUAUUGAUCGAUUAAGAUGUUUGUAAUCUUAUUUCUGUUGUGUUAAUGGUAAUUUAGUGAUUGGUAAGCAGUUUGCAGCAAUGAUUUAUAUUGUUUUGUCUAAGACAAUAAGUUAUAAUAAACUUAUUUUUUGGGUUAAAAUUUAACCAAAAUAUAUGUUGAUACUGAAAACAGUGUUAAAUGCACUACCUUAUUUUGGUCACUCGUAAUUUGAACAUAAAACUUAAAAAGUUUAAAUAUGCAUGUGUCUUAGAAGCUAAUAUUUUUAAAUUUUUAUGUACUUUUUUUUUUGCAGGGCUGCAUACAAUUAGAUAUAUUUGUUCUACAGCAAGUAUUAGUGAUUUUCUGGUAGUAAUAAUUUAAAAAAAUUAAUAUAAUAUAGUGCUGGGCGAAGUUCAAAAAUUCCAACGAUUGUUGGCAUAUUUAUGCCACUUCAAAUCUCUAAUUUGUAGGCCUUGUAGUUCCUCAAUUUUUUAGUUCCUUUAACUUGCCCAACCCAGAACCAACAUUUGAAAUCUGCUGUUUUGGUUAUUUUUGUAUGUUUAGCUUACUACACAAUUAUAUUAACAUGUUUAGCCUGCUAAAAAAAAAAAUCUCAAUUCAGUGCCAAUGAACAUCUUAAGUAUGUAAAAAAAAUUGCCAUAGAACAUGAAUUAUAGGUUACAUGGUACAGUAUGCUUCAACCAGAGAUAAGUAAAUAGACCAGAUGGAACAUAAACACAUCGUUUAGGUGAGGGGUUUGAAGUCAGGAGGGGAAAGGUCAGUGGAAAGGUCCGCCAUAUUGCUUAGUGAAUAACAUCAUUGAUUUCGCUAUUUGAUUACAUUGCGAGUAGUUGAAAAUUUGUUAAUUUAUGUAUCGUUAAUUUGGUUUUUGAGUGUUGUAGGUGAAUCUGUUGUAAUUUCUCAAAAGUUUGGUUAUUUUUAGACAUCUGCGAAUUGUGAUUUUUCAGUUCUAAUCGAAUUCGAAUCGAAUUUCAAAAAAAUUCACGAGUUUCAAAUUUUUUUUUAAUCGAAUUAGAGAAUAUUUAUUAAAAUAACAUAGAUCAUUAAAAAAUUUUAACAUACCACCUUCGAAAAACUUGUCACAUAAUUCACAGUUUAAAUCAAGUAACUAAAAUUAAAGUGAGACUAUAUUGAAGAAGCACAACCAGAUUUUCAAAAUUUUAAAUAAAAAAAAUUAAAGUGAUAUGUCUGUAGCACUAACAUAAAAUCAUACUAAUUACUGUAUUUUGUAAAUUUACAGACUGGCAAUCAUUAGUGUGUUUGAACGUUUGACAGUUUUAGUUGGUUAUUUUAUAAAGUGGAACAUGGCUACGCACAUUAUUUACAGUAAAACUUAUUUCCACUUUUCAUGGGGUCAAAGUAAAAAAGUUUAAAAAGCGGGAAAGUGUAAAUAAAGGAAUGACCAUGAAAAAUAUCACAGCUUACCUUAUUUAGCAUGUUUGACUUUCAAGGAUAAAAAUAUUAAUAAAACUAUCACAGCAUAAGGAAGUUGUACAAAAGAAAAAUAACAUAUUUUUAUUUACCAUUUUUAUCGCAUAUGCAUCGCACAUUUUUUUCUAAAAUCAAGUUUGAAAAUUAGAGGUGAGACUGUGGGUGCUACUAUUAUGCAAAAAAUAAAGUAAAGUAAUCCAAAAAAAAACAAAACCUAUACAUGGAAAGUACGUUUAUUUAAAAAGUAUUCUUUGUGAAAGCACGCCAAAUAAUUUAAAUUAAUGAGUGAUGCAAUAAAACCAUUUUAUUCAACGUAAAAAACAAGAACGAUUGUGCGGGUUAACGCGGUUCCUGACAGCGCGCGCGUGCAUGCAGUCUGCGAGCUAUCGAUAUAAAUCUUCAUGACUACGUGCGCGAGCUCUAUACUGGAAUACAGGAAUCAACACAACCAAAAUGGCGCUGCUUACGUUUUUAUAAGCGGUAUAAAGCUACUCCCGAGACAUUAAAGAUGAAGUUUAUAACUUUUAAAAAGUCUUUAAAACACAAUUUACACAUCAGAUUACUUUGUAAUAGGAUUAAUUAAGUUAGUAAGCAGUUAUAUCACAACGAACGGCGUAAACUUCAUAAAGCAAUAGGCGCGUUGUAAACCACGGGAAUUUAUUGCAUACAUCAAAUGAGGUUAAAACGGGACAAACAAAAUUGUUCAAAUAACAGGGAAACGUAAAUAAGGGGCUUCGCUGUAUAAUUUUUGUAAGUGGAGGAUGUAAUCGUCCAUUUACAUUUUUUUUAAACAUGCCAGGGGUGAUGUCUUAUAUUAGUGUAUCCGGGCCAGAUUUUGCAAGUCGAAUUAUUGUAAAAUGAAUUCAAUUCGAAUUGACGAAUCAAAUAUAAAAAAAUUCAAACUCUAAUUCGGAAAUUUCGAAUAUUCGCAGAACCUUAGUUAUUUUAGAAGUAGAAUGUGUGAAGUUCUAGGAAAACUGAGAGCCAGUUACUGAAGGAAAAGCAUAAGAAGAUAACCUUUCACAGGUAAAUUGUGUUUGAUUAUUUUUGUGAAAUACUAUUUGUAUCGGCUCUAUUAGUUGCUAUCUAUAUGAUAUUUAAGAUGCAAUACGUAGACAAUGUCGCAAUUCCGUAGGACCAAAUGUAAUCAGACGGUAUUGAAAAAGCAGUGUUACGCAUCAAAUGUUAAUAACUGUUGGAUGGAUUCAUUGUUGAAGAACGAGAUAUUAGUGUGGGCAAUGGCUACCCUGAAUUGUUGGCUGGGGAGGAGGAUUCAAGGUUGAAGGCAUAGUUUGAAUUUAUGGAUUUUGGCAAAUGUUACUUUGAGGGACGCCUCCUUAAAGAAAAAAAAAAAUUUGGAAUAAUACCCUUAUUUUGUGCAAUGGACACUAUUUUUUACUGUAAGCAUAGAUACAAAAUUCAUAAUACUUUUGAGAAAUUGAUGUUAAUAUGAAACUGUACAAGACCCGUUAAGUAAGGCGCAAACUGACAUUAAUUGCUAUUCUGUGUAGUUAGGUAAGUGUUAUCCGGCAUACUUUUCAAUUAUGCUAACUUCUCUUAAUUUAGUGUAACAACAAAUUACUUGAUUUGCAGCUUGUUUUUACAUUAAUAUUAUUACGAUGCUUAAAUCAUGACGCUGUAAUCUUGUAGCAGUAGUUAGGUAGCCAUUUCUUGCUUGCGAGUAUCAAAUGUUGUCAUGUGAAUGUGAGCCAAUAGGUGAUUACGUAUUCAUUAAUUAAAAACGGUGGCGGCGUGUAUGUAUGUUUUGGACAACUUAUAUUUAAAAAGGUCAAUUGACUACAUUAUAAAUACUUUAAAACACUGCGGACGGUUAGUUAGGUUAGUAUAGCUACAUUAAAAAUACUGUCAAAUCAUUUUAAUGGUUGUUUAGGAAUUUCUAAUUUAAUAUGUAGCUAUCCUGACCUAACAAACCUUUCACACAAUCUCCCAAUUUUUUUUAAUGUAGCUAUACGAACCUAAUUAACUGUCCAAAAUCAUUAUUUUAAUGGUUUUAGAAGUAUAACAACACGUGUGUGUUUGUUGUUUAAAACAGCUGUUUAUGUAAACAAUUUCUCAGCUACAUAGGCGCCAUAUUGCUUAGUGAAUGCCAGCUUCAAGAAGUAUCGGUUAUGUUCCAUCUGGUCCAUUUACUUAUCUCUGGCUUCAACACUUAUUAAGCGGGCAGUACUGGGUUUGUCGAUUGGAAUGUUGUGAUAUCUGGCCAUUGUGCACUUUAAUUAAAAGGCCAACAAAAUAAACAAAGUAUGCAAGCAAAACGUAAUUAUUUGCAUUAUGAAACAAAGGAUGUAAGAGUUGUACACUAUUAAAAACUAACUGCAUUAUAAUUGUAUGCAAAAAUAUAUAAAUGAGUGCCAAUAAUGCUGAAAUAGAAGAUAAAUUUGUAUCUUUGUCAUUGGGUCUAGAAGCCAGCAAUUAAUGUAUUUCAUGAUUUGAAGUUGGCUUAAAAACACUAAGGUGGUCCAAUAGCCUUUUCUUUGGGUAUCUUUUCUAUUUUAAAAGUCUACUAUUACAAUAAAUAAAUAUGUAAUUAUGAGAACUUAACAAUUUCAUUCCAGAGACAACUGAACAUGAACUAGGUGAGAAAAAUGGCAUAUUUUGAAGUAAAUGGGGUCAGUGGGUCAGUCAAUUUUUUUUUCCUCAACUCUUCCCAAUUCCCCGGAACCAUGAGAGGUAACUAACAAGAGUUUUACUGUUUAAAAUACAAAGUAAGGUACUUAGUAAUGAGGUUCCACUAUUUGUAAUAUGUACAACUAAUCACACUUGCUAUAAUGAUUUAAGUAGGCAUUCGUAUUGAAUGGUUAUAUUAAUAUAUACUUUUAUUUUGUAAUGAAAUGGUCGUAUAUUUAAGAAUGUUAGAUUAUUUAUAUUGGAUGUUACCGAUAUUAGUAUAUAUGCAUUGAUUCAGCAACUUCUAAUUGCUACUUGUUUGUACAAGAAGAUUGUAAAUUAUAUAUUAACGGACUUUUUUUUGUAAAAAAACAUAAGAUUAUCUAUCACACAUUAAAAUUUCGGUAACAAAGGGUUGUUCAUGUUAAACUUUAACUCCUUGCUGUAUAUGUCUUAUUCAGAUGAAUUUUAUUUUGUAUGGUUCGACUACUCUUACAGUGAACAUUAAAAAAAAAAAUCAUUCAACGUAUUGUAUUUUUGUGAUUUGUAGCUACAUGUAGAAUAUUUUGUUUUGUAAAUAAACCUCGAGAAAUUUUGUAUUAAGUGUAUUUCUUGUGAGAUGGUGGAAAUUGUCUUGCCAACCC